AUGACAGUUCCUACAGGAGAACGUUUACAAGCCUUACGUGCACUAUUUCAAUCUGGAAAUCAAAAGAUAGACGCAUUUCUCAUUCCUUCUGAAGAUGCUCAUCAGAGUGAAUACACGGCUGCCUGCGACCUAAGACGUCAAUGGAUUUCUGGCUUUAACGGUUCUGCAGGUUUUGCUAUCGUAUCUCAAAGUGAGGCAGUCUUAUUUACAGACGGUCGAUAUUUUUUACAAGCUUCCGAACAAUUAGAUGAAAAUUGGACUUUGAUGAAACAAGGUUUACCUGGUGUACCCACAUGGCAGGAAUAUUUAGUAACUAGAUUACCAAAAGGAUCACGUAUUGGCUUGGAUGCAACGUUGACAACAGUAGCUGAUGCUCGAGAAUUAAAGGAACGUUUAGACACUGUUCAAUCAGAACUUGUACCUGUGGAAAAAAACCUUGUGGACAUGGCUUGGGGAAGUGACAGACCUUCUCCUCCAUUAGAUAGAGUCAUGAUUCAUCCUAUGGAAUUUGCAGGUAAAAAAGACACAAAGAAACGCAAAUCAUAUCAGGAAAAAUUACUAGAAGUACGUGCUUACCUCGAAGAACAAAAGCAAUAUGGCGUCAUCAUCUCUGCAUUAGACGAAAUCGCUUGGUUAUUUAAUUUACGAGGUUCAGAUGUCGAUUGUAAUCCAGUUUUCUAUGCUUAUGCUAUUGUUACGAGAAAGGAUGCCUACCUCUACAUUCAUCCUGAUAAGCUCACUUCAGAAGUACGUCAAUAUUUGGAGGGUGUUUGUUCAAGGCCUUACGAUGUUAUUUUCGAUGAUUUGAAGCAGCAAUUUCGACAGGAAUUAACGCUGGCGCCUGAGCAAAAAAUGAUUAUUGACGGAAAUACUAGUUUAGCUAUUGAAGAAGCCGUAGGUGCUGAAAAUGUCGUAGAUGAACGCUCCUAUAUCAAUGAUGCAAAAGCGAUUAAAAACAGCACGGAAUUGAAAGGCAUGCGCGACUGUCAUAUUCGUGAUGGUGCUGCUUUAGUUCAGUAUUUCGCUUGGCUCGAAAAGCAAUUGCAAGCGGGCCAUCAACUGACUGAAGUCGAAGCAGCAGACCAUCUUGAGAAGUUACGUGCUGCUCAACAAGAUUAUGUUGGCUUGUCUUUCCCUACCAUUUCAUCGACUGGACCUAACGGUGCCAUCAUUCAUUAUGAGCCUGAAAGAGAGACAUGCAAAAUCAUUGAUCCUCAUCAGAUUUAUCUCUGUGAUUCAGGUGCCCAAUAUAAGGAUGGUACGACCGAUGUAACGCGUACGUUCCAUUUUGGUACACCUACAGACUACGAAAAGACAUGUUUUACAGCUGUACUUCAAGGCCAUAUUGCUUUGGAUAGAGCUGUUUUCCCAUGUGGUACAACUGGUUAUUUAUUGGAUCCUUUUGCAAGAAUGCCUUUAUGGAAGCUUGGUUUAGAUUAUCGUCAUGGCACUGGACAUGGUGUCGGCUCUUAUUUGAAUGUUCAUGAAGGCCCUCACGGAAUCGGUGUCCGAGCUCCCUACAACAAUACAGCUUUAAAGGCUGGUAUGACUGUCAGCAAUGAACCUGGAUAUUAUGAAGAUGGAAAGUUUGGUAUUCGAAUCGAAAAUGUGCUGCUCAUUUGUGAUGCAAACACUCCUCAUAAUUUCAACGAGCGUGGCUAUUUGAAAUUCGAACAUGUUACGAUGGCACCUAUUGGAUUGAAUUUGAUUGAUAAGGAUGCUUUAUCACCGGCAGAAAAGAAAUGGUUAAAUGACUAUCAUGCAGAAUGCUAUGAGAAGCUCAGCCCAUUAGUAUCUCACGAUGCCGAUGCCAUUGCUUGGUUGAAGAGAGAAACGCAGCCAAUUUAA